AUGUUCCGUUACCCCCUUCCCUUUACCUAUGUCUCCUCUAAUCCUCAUCCCAAGUUCGUCUCUGUGGUGCUCGCAGCAGGACCUCUUGCCGUCUCCCUCGGUGAAGCAGGAACAUUUGCUAUCCUGGCUAAGGCAGGAGUGUCAGUCAUACCACCGUCAUUAAUUAAUGGUAACGUAGGCUUAAGCCCCGCGGCGUCCACUUUCCUCACUGGCUUCUCAAUCACGGAGGACAGUACCGGCACAUUUGGCAACUCGACCCAAGUGUCUGGACAACUUUUCGCUGCGGAUUAUGCGGCACCAACACCAGCACAACUUACUACCGCGGUUGGAGACAUGGAGACGGCAUUUACCGAUGCUUCAGGUCGUCCUGGCCCUGACUUCAUCAAUCUCGCCGAUGGUGACAUCGGUGGACUGACGCUCACGCCUGGUCUUUACAAGUGGACCAGUGAUGUCUCUAUUUCAUCUUCAGUGACCCUCUCUGGCAAUUCCACCGAUACGUGGAUUUUUCAGAUAUCUGGUGACCUCACCUCCGCUGUAAACACCGACAUCAAUCUGCUCGGUGGCGUAGGCGGCGUGCCAAUGAAUAACAUCGUCUGGGUUGUCUCAGGUGCUGUCACGCUCGGCGCGACGUCGCAUCUCGAGGGCAUCUUGCUGGGCGCCACAUCUGCAACGCUCGAGACAGGCGCGACGAUGAACGGUCGGUUAUUGGUCCAGACUGCAGCUGCGGUUCAGAAGGGCAAUGUUGGCGUCUAGUGUCACUGGUUCAUCACAAAGGAUUUGCUAUUUGUAUCGUUGUACCGUUGUGAGAUAGGUGUGAUUUCUGUGAGAUCUUCGCGAUGACAAUUACGGUUCUUUCAAUAGGUUUAUAAUUCCCCUGCCCAGAAUUUUUUUCUCGUUCAUUUGUUCGUUUGUAUUCAGUAUGAAUAGGUUGAGAAUGUCG